AUGACCAACUUCAACAUCAAAGUCAUCUCAGACCCCGUCUGCCCUUUUUGCUACCUUGGCAAAGCCCGUUUAAACAGGGCUAUUGAUGUGUACAAGAAGACAUACCCCGCCGGCAAGGACGACAACUUCAACGUCACAUGGCAGGCCUACUACCUAGACCCAACGGCCCCCAAGAAGGGCGUCCCCGUCAAUGAGCGCAUGGCCGCGCGUUUCGGCGCCGAGAGGCUCGAGAUGAUGCACGACCGCAUGAAGAAGCUCGGCGCGGCCGAGGGCUUCAACUUCACCUUCGACGGCAAGGUCGGACACACCCGCGACGCCCACCGCGCGGUACAGCUGGCCAAGACCAAGGGCCCCGAGGUCGAGAACGCCGUCAUGACGUCCAUCAUGAAGAGCUACUUCGAGGAGGGCGGCGACGUCACGAGCUGGGAUAUGAUCGUCGACGCCGCCGUCAAGGGCGGGCUUGAGAAGGAGGAGGUCAAGAAGUGGCUCGAGGAGGGCAAGGGCGGUGCCGAGGUCGACAAGCAGGUCGAGGAUGCGUACCGGAAGGGCGUGAGGGGCGUACCGCACUUUGUCAUCAACGACAAGUACGAGAUCGGAGGCGCGCAGGACGUCGGCGAGUUUCUGGAGACGCUUGUCGCGGCGAAACAGGGCGGAGGGGGAUCUAACGGCCAGGACGGAUUGACGUGUUAA